GAAGGGCGUGCCUCGGAGGCGCAGUCCUGGGACUGCUAGGGCCAGGAGCGGGAGGGGAGUCCUUAGGGACGCAGUAGUUUGUUUGGGCACACUCGAAAAUCAGCCAGCUGGGGAAAGACCCUGGGAACAGCUAGGCGAUCUGCUGCGAACGAUCUGAGCCCAGAAAACUUUAUCUGAAGGUGAAGGCAAAACUCCAGGCUGCGUGGGGAGGAGCAGAACCCCCGGCGCGGGCCGCAGGAGGGCGCUAGGCGGGGAGGGGGGCAAGGCGGAGCUGGGCGCGGGGCCAGGCCGGCGGGGCCCCGCAGGCGGCAGAUCCCCUGGAGCCGCGGCAGGACCGACGGGCCAGCGGCGCCAUGGAGGGCAGCCCCAUCCCGGUGCUCACGGUGCCCACGGCGCCCUACGAGGACCAGCGGCCGGCCGGCGGCGGAGGGCUGCGGAGACCCACCGGCCUCUUUGAGGGCCAGCGCAACUACCUGCCCAACUUCAUCCAGAGCGUGCUGUCGUCCAUCGACCUGCGCGACCGCCAGGGCUGCACCAUGGUGGUGGGCAGCGACGGCAGGUACUUCAGCAGGACCGCCACCGAGAUCGUGGUGCAGAUGGCUGCGGCCAACGGGAUUGGACGACUGAUUAUUGGCCAGAAUGGCAUCUUGUCAACACCUGCGGUUUCCUGCAUCAUCAGGAAGAUCAAGGCAGCUGGUGGAAUCAUCCUAACAGCCAGCCACUGUCCUGGAGGACCAGGGGGAGAGUUUGGAGUAAAGUUUAAUGUUGCCAAUGGAGGUCCUGCCCCAGAUGUUGUUUCAGACAAAAUCUAUCAGAUCAGCAAAACAAUUGAGGAAUACGCCAUAUGUCCUGAUCUUCGAAUUGACCUAUCUCGGCUAGGAAGACAAGAAUUUGACCUGGAGAACAAGUUCAAACCAUUUAGAGUGGAGAUUGUGGACCCUGUAGAUAUUUACCUCAACCUCCUUCGGACCAUCUUUGACUUUAAUGCCAUCAAGAGUUUGCUGACUGGGCCCAGCCAGCUGAAGAUCCGAGUUGAUGCCAUGCAUGGAGUUAUGGGACCCUAUGUGAGAAAAGUUCUGUGUGAUGAACUGGGGGCCCCAGCCAAUUCUGCCAUAAACUGUGUUCCACUUGAAGACUUUGGAGGGCAGCAUCCAGACCCAAACCUGACAUAUGCAACCACCCUUCUGGAAGCCAUGAAAGGGGGAGAAUAUGGAUUUGGAGCUGCAUUUGAUGCUGAUGGGGACCGUUAUAUGAUCCUUGGCCAAAAUGGCUUCUUUGUGAGUCCAUCUGAUUCCCUGGCCAUCAUUGCUGCCAACCUCUCUUGCAUUCCAUAUUUCCGUCAGAUGGGGGUUCGAGGGUUUGGGAGAAGUAUGCCAACCAGCACAGCCUUGGACAGAGUGGCUAAAUCAAUGAAGGUCCCCGUAUAUGAGACUCCUGCUGGAUGGAGAUUCUUCUCAAAUCUGAUGGACUCCGGACGGUGCUCUCUGUGUGGAGAGGAGAGCUUCGGCACUGGUUCUGAUCACCUCCGGGAGAAAGAUGGCCUCUGGGCUGUCUUGGUUUGGCUGUCAAUCAUCGCUGCCCGGAAGCAAAGUGUGGAGGAGAUUGUUAGAGAUCAUUGGGCCAAAUAUGGCCGCCAUUACUACUGCAGGUUUGACUAUGAGGGACUGGAGCCCAAGGCAACAUAUUACAUCAUGAGGGAUCUGGAGGCCCUGGUCACAGACAAGUCCUUCAUUGGCCAGCAGUUUGCUGUGGGGAACCACAUUUACAGUGUUUCAAAGACAGACAGCUUUGAAUAUGUGGACCCUGUGGAUGGCACUGUGACCAAGAAACAGGGGCUGAGGAUCAUUUUCUCUGAUGCGUCACGGCUCAUCUUCCGGCUCAGUUCCUCCAGUGGUGUGCGGGCCACCAUCAGAUUGUAUGCAGAGAGCUACGAGAGGGAUCCCAGCAGUCAUGACCAGGAGCCACAGGCAGUGCUGAGUCCUCUCAUAGCCAUCGCGCUGAAAAUAUCCCAGAUUCAUGAGAGGACUGGCCGGAGGGGACCCACUGUCAUCACCUGAGCAGAGGAAUGGCCUCUCACUAGGGCAGAAGAGUGCUCAGGAAGAGUCGCUUCACCACGUCUUCUUGCUUCCUGUUUGUGCCUCUUACGACUUUGGAAAAACAAAAGCUGUUUUACUGUUGGGGUGGGGGGAAAGGAAGGGUGGGAAAAGGGAAAAGGCCCUUUUUGCUUUGGUUUGUCCAUUUCCUCCAAAUGCAACAGGGUCUUUAGUUGUCUCUGGAAACCUCACUCUCAUUUGAUGUCUGUAUUUCAUCAUACAAAGGGGCUUCUCCAUUUCAGAAAAAUAGGUGGCUAGGAAGCUAUUAAUCAUAGCCCCUGCGUGUUGUUAGUACCUCAUGAGAAAAUGUUCCAAAAUGACAAAAGAAAGAGACAAUAGUGCCUUUGACUGACCCUAAGUCCUGGGGGCUCUGGGCAGGCAGAAGAUCCCCUACAUGAAGGAGGGCUCCACUUUGCAUCCCUGUGCAGAUCUACCAUGGGGCAAGGUUCUAGAACUCCUAGGACACACCCCUCUUUCACCAACAGCCCAUGCUCCCCAGCCUCCCAACAUCCUUGCACCACCUUCUCUCACAUCUUCUAGAGCUGUCUACAAAUCACAGUGGCACACUUCCAACAAGACAUAUAUAAAAGGGUGUUUUCUCUCAUUUUACUAAUAAUAGUUUAGCUAUCAAUCUGGCCACACUUCUUUGAAUGUAGCCAUUUCCUGUGCUGGUGGGGAAGGAGUUUCUGGAAAAGACUCUACAAAUGGAUGCUUAAACUGAGAGAGAGGCCUCCUUGAUUAUGUCACAGAGGUCCAUACAUGAGUUUGUGUAAAUUCCUCCUGAGGAAAACACCACAGUGUGCACCAUCCCUGACUGUCCCACUGGGCCUGAGCUGAUACACUUCUUUGGAAACAGUUUCUGCUUGCAAUGGCUGGAUAAAAGAGAGGGUAACAUGCUGAACGAACAGGAAAUGAAGUGGCAGGAAGGAAGCCUCAGUGGGACAGUUACAGGGUGAAUGAGCUGAAGAGACACAGGGUCACCAAUGGCUCUCUUUCCCUGGGAGGGAAAGGUCUUGCAGCUCCAGCAGGCACAUGGAUGGGGCAAAGUGCUGGCUCAGGCAUGGGAUGUGUUUGCUUAUGUUUUGCUUCCUUGGGAACAGCAGGUUCACUUAUCACGUCAUCCUCAGAGAUGACCUAGUGCACUUUGACUUGAUUCAGCAAGGCAUUGUUGCUGCAGUCAAGGUCAGUGCAAGCAAGGAAAUAGUUACAGCAAGGUAUUUGUUUCCAUUUUCUAUCUUUGCUUCUGUCAGAAACUUGCUAGGAUAUUUAGUAGUCAAUAAAACAGAUCUUCCUUAUUUUAACCUCAUUAAAA